UUAGUCUAUUGCAUGGCUUAGUCAUCUUUAUAAAUAAACCUAUAUAUACAAGGUCAAAUGUUUUUGAAGUGCACACUUAGCGCACUAUAUUGAUAAGCCCUAACGUUCAUUUUAUUCCAUUGGCUGACUGGAGCGAUACAUCAUUAUUACCCUUGUCUGUGUGUUAAUUUAUUUAUUAAUUAUAUACUUACUUAAUUUGCACUCCUAAAAAUGCCACUGGCCAAGUCCGAAGAACAAGAUCCAAAAAAAGCGUUAAAAAGAAAAUUACAAAUAUUACUUAAUGCCGUCGGUAAAGGAUUCAUAGAAGACGUUAAAAAUGUAGUUCAAUGGUUCGAACAUGAUCUGCUGCGAAAUAAGCAGUUGCUAGCAGAUCUGUAUGCCCUCGGAAACGAAUGUAUUACGGAGCAUGAUGUGAUCAUCAAAGCUUGCAAGGCAAAACAGAAACAUAUCCUGAACUACUUAUUGAAGGAGACUCAUUUCUUAGAUUACCUGGUGAACCCAAGCGUCAACGAAAUAGAAGUGCACAACCAGAGAAAGAAAGCGAUCGAACUUGCGCUACGCCGCGAUGCUUUCUGUAUGGUCGAAAUGUUGUACGACCACUGGUGCGGCAACUUAUUUUGCAUAGGAUACGACAUUAUUAAAUUGGAAGCCCUCGAAAAGUUGCUUAAAGACGCUAAACAAACUGCUGAAAAAAAUAAACACAACCAACAGAUGUGGAUUAACUAUCAUUGCCUCACAGAGUUUAAUACAUUUCAAAUAGAACUUUACAAAAAGCUUUCCAAGGAAUCUAGGGAAAACCCUCCUAAAGACAACACCCCUAAAGAAAUCACUCUUGCAACUACACUAGCGGGUGUGCUGGAUAUUUAUAAUCAAUAUAAUAGGAAGGAUAUUAGGCUCCCUCACGAUUGUAAAAACGAUGAACUUAAAAUGAAACAGAAUUUUGAAGACCAGAGCAGCAUAUAUUUUAAAGCGAAUUUUAACGUAAUGUACGAGGUAUAUUUUCGCAAGAUAGACUUUAAUGUGUCCUUGCUAAUAUUGGACAAUUUGUUUUACCUCAGAAGAGAAUUAAAUCUAUUUUUGAACGGCUCAUAUCAAAACGAAGAAGAUUACAGUAAGAAAAAAAAAUAUGCAGAGUGGUACGAAGAAACUGAAAAUACGCUAUAUCACUUAGUCUACCGCACGAACGAAGACUGGAGGCUGUAUCUAUCAAGUGACAGAGAAAUCAUCACGGAGAAAAAUCACUUGGGUCGAUACGAUGGUCGCGUACGAAAAAACCUACAAAUUGUAAUUGAUUUCGAAAAAGUGAAAAGGGGGCCUUUUUUAUAUUUAGAAAUGGAAAACUUCAAAAUUAAUUUGGACAAACUAAAAGAAAUACUUACAUACUAUAAAAACUAUACCAGCCCAGUGACACAAAGCUCGGCUACAUCAGACUCGUCGGGAGCACUAAAGUCUUCUAAAAAAGAAAAAAAAGCAGCUUCUAAAAAAGAUAAAGAAACAGAAAAAGAAAAAAGAAAAGAAGUCCGAAAACGUAAAUGUAAAGGUAAGAUUUACCUAAGGUCAACUAUGUAUAUGAAUGAUCAUUAUUCAUUGCAAAAAAUAAUAAAUUACGUAGAAGCUAUCGAAAGAACAAAUGACCCUAGUGUGUUAAUGAUUGAGAGAGCCCUUCAAGUAAUCGGCGAAAUGACAAAAAGUACGGACGAGUCUUAUCAUGUAUCAAAAUCUACAGAAGCUCUUCUACAAGUAUCACUAUCGGUGGAGACUACCAAUCAGAUGAAUAACAUCAGGGAUUUCCUCUCCGACCAUGAAGACCUGACCGUGAGGACCAGCGCCGAGUACCAGGAUAUGCAAAUGUUCCUUAAUAUUGUCAAAGACUUGAAAGACAUGAAGAAAACCUUUAUUUCGGUUCAUGAAAUUAAUAAAUGUAUACUUGAUAUAUCCUUAGUCGAAAAGGGCUUAAGCCUUUUAGAGAAACGAACUAAAGAAUGGCCCCGCCUCCCGAAAACACUAUCAGAAAUUCAAACCCAAUAUAAAACCAAUAAAAAUUGCUUGUUUUGCGAAAAAAAUUACUUUAUCCAACAAGUUUGGAAGCCCGCAGGUCUUACGAUUCAGCUUCUUAAAGAAAUAAUAUUCCUUCUGGAAAAUAAAGAUGACAUGUCCCAAAAAGUACAAGAAAUUAAAGAAACUCUCACUAGUAAGCUAGUUAAUAUGCUGCCCAGCAAUAUAGCCAAAAUAAGAAAGACGAUAGAACUCAUAGAGGAAAAUACAAAUAAUGUGAAUCUGCUGAAAGAACAGUUAAAGAAAGAUAGAUUUAAAGUCACACUAACGGAUUAUCCUGAUAAGAAUAAUAUUAAUAAUCAAAGGCAGAUAAUAGAAAAUGGAAAUAAUUCGAGUAAAAACGAUAUUUUGAAACUUCUGAACAGAAUAAAUGAUUAUUCAAUUCAUUGGGUGUCUAUGAAAGAUAUGCUGACGUUUUGUAUCAGCAACUGUGAACUAUUUGCGUCAAUGCGUCCUAGCUUGGAACUGUUGAAUGAAAAGCCAGAUAAUGCAACUUUAAUUAAUGCACGUGAGAUAAUACAUGAAAUGGAAUUACUUUAUGAACAUGGCUUGAAUUUAGAAAAUCAGUCAUUUAGUGGUAUACAAGCAAUUUAUAAUAUAACUUCAAAGGUCACAAAAAAACAAACAAUAGAGAACACUGCACUGUUAUUUUUUUUUACUAGUAGACUAAAGUCACUCCACGAUUUAUUAGAAUAUCCAAAUAAGCCUAAUGACCAACUCAUUAAGAAAUGUAAGCAGGAUCCACAAUUUCGUAUGGAGCUGGAAAUGCUGAUGGCCGAUAUUGGCAACGUUUUAUCUAACUGCAACAAAGAAAAGAGAAUCAUGACUAAAUCGACACAAUUGCUAAAGGGGAUUGACCUGGGCGAUGUUCUGGAUCACGGAAAUCCGUUUCUCGAGAUGUUAGGUAGUUUCUUCGAUUCGCACGAGUUGGUAGAAGCGUAUUUAUCAAAAGCUAAAGAGAUUGCUGACGACAGACAAGCAAUUGAGGCUCUCUACGAACUAUUUAAAUCUAAUGUAGAUCUUUCAAUUAUAGAAAAAGGUGAUCGGAACAAUAUGAAUGCUGUACAGAAGACUCAGUAUGAUUUGUUCCGAAAAUCAAAACAUUGGGAAACAUAUAAAGUUUUAUUUGUCACAAAAAAGACUUAAAAGUAAAAGUGGCAGUCUUAUUACUUAAUUAAUAUGCAGAUAUGUUUAUCUCGUCACUGACCUCUAAGCCGAUGCCUCAUCACCUGUCACCCUAUAUUAUGAAAAUAGAAGUUUAAUAUUUCA